ACCUCCUCUGCACGUAGCGAAAUCAUCUUAAGCAAUGAAGACCACCUUUCUUGCCCUCUUCCUUGUCUUCGCCUUCGCCUCAGCCAAAGCUGAUUUUGUGGUUGACACUGAAGGCAACCCCGUCAGAAAUGGCGGCUCAUACUACAUCCUCCCAGCCCUCUGGGGACACGGCGGCGGUGUGGGUCUCGCUGCUACCGGCAAUGAAUCUUGCCCUCUUACCGUUGUUCAGAAAAGCUCUGAACUAUCCAACGGUUUACCCACCAGACUUGCUUCUCCAUACAGAAUCGCUUAUCUCCCCACAAAUUUCAUUAUGGAGUUCACGGUCGUUGCACCGCCAAAGUGUGCCGACACACCGGCAAAAUGGACGAUUGUUCGAGGAGAAGAUGAGACAAAGGAAGUGAAACUUUUAGGGUACGAAAACACCCUGCGUGGUUGGUUUAAAAUUCAGACGUCGACAGUUCGAGGUAUCUAUAAGAUGGUGUUCUGUCCCACUGAUGAAGAUUCUUGUGGUGCUGUUGGGAUUUCCAAGGAUGGGAAAGGACACAGGCGUUUGGUUAUUGACGAUGACGCUCCUUUCCAUGUUGUGUUUCGCGGAGCUGAAUCAUCUGCUUAAUGAAGAGCCUCCUUUAUCGAAAUGGUGAAGCCACUGCAUGAUGCAAGCAGUCUAUAAAACUCCUUGCACUUAUCGAAGAAUAAAUGAAAUAAUAUAAUGCUACGUGCCUUCCUUUUCUCCAUCUGUUGCUGAAGUCUAAAUUAAAUAAAAUUAUGUCUCAAGUGGCUUCCUUUUC